AUGUGGACUUCUAAAGUAGCUCGGUUGCACCUUAAUGGUGUCCGUUUGGGCUUGACAAGCGUCCGGUUUCAAGCUACAAUUCCUUCAGGUGCUUCUUCUGGAGUUGAUCAAGCACUAAUUAUUCCUUCCGUAGAUUCUUUGACUGCCGACCAAGCGUCGUUCCAAGCAGACUUGGAUACUUCUCUUGUGAGACACCUACAAAAUAGAUUUUUGGUUGAUUCCAUAACCCAUGAAGAGCUCUUUGACUUGACGGACCCCAAAAAGAACGAGCAGCUUGAAAAGUUCAAGUUGUACUGUGGAGCUGAUCCCACUGCCAUUUCUUUGCAUUUAGGCAAUCUUCUCCCAUUGAUGGUUCUUCUCCAUUUCAAUUUGAGGGGCCAUGAUGUUGUAGGGAUAGUUGGGGGUGCUACAGGUGAGGUUGGAGAUCCCAGUGGUCGUACGACUGAGAGAACAGCUAUAGAAUCUACUGAGAGAGAGGCCAACGUCGACAAUAUUCAGCUUCAAAUUAAGACGUUCUUGGAAAGAGGUUUAGAAUAUGCCCAGUCCAGAAAGUAUCCCGUAGAACCAGCUAAAUUUGGUGCUAUUGAGACUGCUAACAAUGCCACUUGGUGGAAAUCCAUAAAAAUGUUGGACUUCUUGGCCAAUUUCGGAAGAUAUAUCAGAAUAAGCUCAAUGCUAGCUAGAGACUCCAUUCAAUCUAGACUUGACUCUCAACAAGGAUUGGGCUUCAACGAGUUUACCUACCAGAUUUUGCAGGCUUACGAUUUCUGGCACUUGUUUAAGAAGGAGAACGUUAACAUGCAAGUUGGAGGUAAUGACCAAUGGGGGAAUAUUACUGCGGGAGUUGAUCUUAUCUCAAGAUUGCAGAGAUCGAAAACAGACAACACUUCAGAUGUCAAGCCAGCGUACGGUCUUACUGUACCCCUACUUACCUCGCCUAGUGGUGAGAAGUUUGGGAAAUCUGCGGGGAAUGCCGUCUUUAUUAGUACAGAGUUGACCUCCCCUUACCAGUUGUACCAGUAUUUUAUCAAUACUCCGGAUGAUAUGGUCGAGAAACUUUUGAAGGUUUUCACUUUGUUCCCCAUUGCAACUAUUGAACAGGAAAUUGUUCCAAAGCACACCUCUGAUCCUGGAUUGAGGCUAGGCCAGAGAAUAUUGGCUAGAGAAGUGGUUGACUUAGUACAUGGGGUAGGUGUUGGAGAAGAAAUGGCUUAUAUCACAGGCUUCUUGUUCCCUACUCCAGACCAGUCUUUCAAUGAUGUUUCUGCAGACAAGUUGAUCAACAACUUUAGGAGAUCUGGAAUCUUACGGAGCUUGAAUGUGGAUGAUUUGAAAAGAGAAGGUGAACAGGAUGUGAAAAUGAGCACCGUCUUGGCUGACAUUAUGGGCAAAUCUAAAUCGGAGACCAAGAAGCUUAUUAAGGCUGGAGGUCUAUACUUGGGUCUCGACAGAGAAAAGUUCUUAGAUCCUGAAGACGUUGUAUUGUUUGACCCAAAAAACCAUUUGAUAGAUGGGAAGUUACUCUUGGUUAGAUCUGGAAAGCAGAACUAUUAUGUGGUUGAAGUCAGGAACUGA